ACAAAGACGCGGUUCACUGGGGAAGUGACUGCAACACUCUGUGGGACACGGGCAGCUCUGGUUCCCGGCUGAACCGGUUCCGAAAGCAGCGGGUACCUGGAGCCGAGUGAUCCCGGAGUGAUCCUCACAGCCAGUGGGAAGCUGCCGGCGGGAUGUGCUUCCGCCUCUAGGCGCUGCGCAGGGAGUGUGCCCCGUCCCUGGGCUCACAACCGGGGAGGCUUCCAGCCCCAAGCCGCCGGCUCCUGGCUCCGGAACACCCCUCUCUCAUCCCCAAAUCCCGGCCCCGAGUCCCAAAUUCCCACUCUCUCAUCCCCAAUCCCAAUCCAGGUCCCUAAUCCCGAUCCCAGUCCCAGUCCAACUACCGGUCCCCACUCCCUGUUCCCAAUUGCCCGUCCCCAAUCCCAAAUUCCCACUCCCAAUCCCCACUCUCUCAUUCCCAAUCCCGGUCCCAAUGCGGGGGUCGGCGCGGCCGGCGCUCGGGGAGAUGGCGUUCGGGAAAACGGCCAAGGAUCCUUUCGAGAGCCGGAUCGGGAACCUGAUCGAGGAAGCAACAGUAGGAACACUGAAAACCGCUGACUGGGCCCAAAUCAACCACAUCUGUGACGUGAUCAACUCCAGUGAGGAAGGGUGGGUGUGUAGGACAAGAAGAAUGGAGUACUCUGACGAUGAGAGACCGAAGGAGGCCGUCAGAGCUCUAAGGAAAAGGAUUUCAGGAAAUCUGAAUCACCAGGAGGUCAGGCUGAGCCUGCAGCUUAUCGACAACUGCACCAGGAUCUGUGGCCCAAAGCUUCACUCCCUCAUUGUCAGGAAAGACUUCGUGAAGGAUGUCCUGGCCAAAGAGCUCAAACCAAAGUACAAUGCACCCGUCGACGUCCAGAACCACAUACUCCACCUCAUUCAGUCCUGGGCAACCAGGUACCAUGGACCAGUGGACAUGAGUGAUGUGCGGGAACUCUACGUGGAAAUGAAACGGAAAGGAUUAAUCUUCCCAACGCAGGACGAGGCAUCAGCUGGCUCCUGGAAAAAUGAUAGGACGGUUGUUUCACAGGGUGAUACCUCACUGUCUACAUCCGUAUCAACAUCUUCACUCUCCUCAUCAGCGAAUGCCCACACUCCUCACCCCAGGAAUCCCAUCAGACUUGUCCCAGAGCAGGUGGGUAAACUCUACAGUGAGCUCGAUAUGGUGGCAACAAACAUUUCUGUUCUGUCUGCCAUUCUGCUGGAGAAUACCCCAGGCUGUGAGAAUCCUCAUGACAUGGAGCUGCUUCAGAAGCUGCAGCUGACCUGCCGGGCCAUGCAGGAGCGGAUCGUGGUGCUACUGCUAGAGGUGGACAAUGAGGAGGUGGUCAGCAGGCUGAUCGAGGCAAACGAUGCACUGAACCACACCUUCCUGCAGUACGAGAGGUUUCAGCGACGGAGAGAGAGAUUCAGGAGGAUGGAGGAUGAGGCUCCAGGAUCACUGAAGGACUCUGGCAUUGAACCCUCGGCUCCCAGCUCUACUUAUGACCUGAUCAACUUCACACAUUCUGCCCCAGUCGCUCUGGGUCCUACAUCUGUGCCUCAGUACUCCAACCUGAGUGUUGAAAAUGGAAUCUGUGCGAGGCAAGUGGGCCAGUGUGCUGUGAACCCCUUGCUGAGGAACAGGGCCCUGCCUGAUAUCCCAGUGCAUAAUGCAGCGAAAACUCAGCAGCCGCAGGUGGCAGUGCAGAGCUCAGUGACUGACAAACGCCCUGAACCUCUCUAUGCAAAUGUGAUAACCCCACAGUACAUGCAGCCUGUACCCUCUGCCCACAGUCUGCUGUCUAAGCCUGCUCACCCCUCCACUCACACAGGUAUGGACCAAUCGAGCGACUUGGAGAACAUGAAGGUCGAUCCAAUCAGUUUGGAAUUUGACCCACUGAGCAACAGCAACUCCCAAACCGAAGCUAUUUAUGAAGAUCUGGAUGUUGCUUUAAACAGGGCGAAGGCUGUCUAUAAUGGGAGUGCUAAAUGACUGGUACCCUGUCACUGCUUUAGUUGCUAUUGGAGAUUGUGUUUGAAUUGAAUCCUAAGGCCAUUUGAAUAAACUGGGAGCAGCGUUACCCUGAGGAUGAGCUUUGGCUGUUCACUGCCACAAAGACCGCUCACCGAGAGACUGUGGGUCUACACACAGCCAGACUGAAAGUUGGAGUACACCCGCCAUUGGUAUUAACAGCAGCCUGAGAUCUAACACAUCAAUAAACUACUCAUGGAGGAAGCAACAGCCCCACAUUGAACCUCAAGAUUCACAAUACCGUAACAUUUCCUCCAGGGAAAACUUGCACCUCGUCCCAUUGCCAAAGUUCCAACUUCACAAAAAAUUCAAGAAAAGUCAUGUUUUAAUUUCUUCAGUUUGAAGCACAGAUGCUCCAGCCCUGACAUCUUUAAAACAGCAACAUUAGUCACUGCCUUUCAGGGAGAAAUAAGGAAAUGGACAGGAAAUAUGGAAGGAACCAGCGACCGACAGGAGAUAGGAUGCAUGAGGAAAGUGCCAAUGAGGAGAAAUUAGAAAAGUGACAUUUUCAAUUUACGUCUGAAUUUCUAAUUCUCAUAACAUCCCACUUCUGUCAGCUUCUCAAAUUCCAGACCAUGUCUGUGCCUCGUCACUGAUUAUCUCCAAACUCCCUUUCCAUCCAAUGACUGUGACUGGGGUACAGUCCCACACACACUGACUGUCACUGAGAUAUGGGACCCACACGCACACUGACUCACACUGGGGUACAGUCCCACUCACACACUGACUCUCACUGGGGUACAGUCCCACUCACACACUGACUCUCACUGGGAUACAGUCCCACACACACACUGACUCUCACUGGAUACAGUCCCACUCACACACUGACUCUCACGGGGAUACAGUCCCACACACACUGACUCUCACUGAGGUACAGUCUCACACACAUACUGACUCUCACUGGGGUACAGGGCCCCCACACACACUGACUGUCACUGGGGUAAAGUCCCACACACACACUGACUCUCACUGGGGUACAGUCUCUCACACACACACUGACUCUCACUGGGAUACAGUCCCACACACACACCCUGACUCCCACUGGGGUACAGUCCCACACACACUGACUCUCACUGGGGUAAAGUCCCACACACACACUGACUCUCACUGGGGUACAGUCUCUCACACACACACUGACUCUCACUGGGAUACAGUCCCACACACACACCCUGACUCCCACUGGGGUACAGUCCCACACACACUGACUCUCACUGGGGUAUGGUCCCACACACACACUGACUCUCACUGGGAUACGGGUCCCACACACACUGACUCUCACUGGGGUAAAGUCCCACACACACACUGACUCUCACUGGGGUACAGUCCCACACACACACUGACUCUCACUGGGGUACAGUCCCACACACACUGACUCUCACUGGGGUACAGUCCCACACACACACUGACUCUCACUAGGGUAAAGUCCCACAAACACACUGACUCUCACUGGGGUAAAGUCCCACGCACACGCUGACUCUCACUGGGGUACAGUCCCACAAACACACUGACUCUCACUGGGGUACAGUCCCACAAACACACUGACUCUCACUGGGGUACAGUCCCACACACACACUGACUCUCACUAGGGUAAAGUCCCACAAACACACUGACUCUCACUGGGGUAAAGUCCCACGCACACACUGACUCUCACUGGGGUACAGUCCCACAAACACACUGACUCUCACUGGGGUACAGUCCCAGAAACACACUGACUCUCACUGGGGUAAAGUCCCACGCACACGCUGACUCUCACUGGGGUACAGUCCCACACACACACUGACUCUCACUGGGGUACAGUCCCACACACACACUGACUCUCACUGGAUACAGUCCCACUCACACACUGACUCUCACUGGGGUACAGUCCCACACACACACUGACUCUCACUGGGGUACAGUCCCACACACACACUGACUCUCACUGGAUACAGUCCCACUCACACACUGACUCUCACUGGGGUACAGUCCCACACACACACUGACUCUCACUGGAUACAGUCCCACUCACACACUGACUCUCACUGGGGUAGGGAUCCCACACACACACACACACUGACUCUCACUGGGGUACAGUCCCACAAACACACUGACUCUCACUGGGGUACAGUCCCACAAACACACUGACUUUCACUGGGGUACAGUCCCACACACACACUGACUCUCACUGGGGUACAGUCCCACACACACACUGACUCUCACUGGGCACUGCAUUCCCAUACACUCCUGGGACUAUAUGAAGGCCGUGCCAGAUCACCUCAAUAUUUAGUUCUACAGAAAGGCCAUUUUUCUGAAUCAUCUUUUGUGAUAUUAGAACAUCCGACAGUGCUUUGCUAUGCAUGAAAUAGUUUUGUUGUGGUCCCUGGUCUAAUGUAGGGAGUUACAUGUGAAAGGAAAUGCAAUGGUGAUUUGAAAUAUUAAAACUAACCUUCUAAAAGGAUUGUAAUAUUUGUAACAAUGAAUGUACGAAUAGCCUGUUGUACUUGAUGUUCUGUCUCUGCUUUUUAGUCGUGUGUUUUCUUUCAGGCCUGAUAGUUGUGUGAGCUGACCCCGUGAGGGUUUGAGUGUCUGAGCUGGAGAGAGGUCAUGGCUUGUUUCUAUUGUACGCUUUGUUCGAUAACCUCAGCUGGACUGUGGCUAGCUGACUUCCAGUUGUUCUCGGUGCACAAGGCCUCAGGAGCAGGAAAGUCAGGCCCACACGGUGAACCUGGGGCCAACAUUAAAUUGCCUGUCAGCAGUCAGUCCCCCAGUUCCUGGCCAAUCAGCGAGGAGGCACUCUGGUUAAUUUAGAAACCCAGGUAAUGUGCUGGGGACCUGGGCUCAAACCCUGCCACGGUAGAAUUUGAAAACUCUGGAAUUAAGAGUUUAACUAUGAACCCAUUGUUGGAAAGCCCUAUCACAUUCCCUAAUAUCCUUCAGGAAAGAAACCUGCCAUCCUUACCUGGUCUGGCCUACCUGUGACUCCAAACUGAUGGCAGUGUGGUUGACUCUUAACUGUCCUCAGGGCAGCAACACCCACAUUCCACCAAUUAAUAAAGAAAUGUCAGAAACUUAAAAUUGACAGAAACAAUAUUCAAAUGAAAGGAGAAAACUCUGUCAAAUGGAUUUAAUGUCAACAAAUGUGAAGUCGUCUCCUUCGGACCUGAAAAGAACACAAGACUGAAAAUGAUACUUCCUAAAUGGGGAAGCUGGUGAUCCCUAUUAAGGGAGUGACGACAACAAAGCCUCAACUAAUCGCUACUACAAACACACGAGGAGUGCUGGGACCACUUGGAAAUGAAGCGUUGGCUAUGGAGAAAGUGCAGCAUCAAUUUACCAGAAUGACACCAAGAUGCCAUGGGUUAGAAAGGGAAGACACAAAUGCAGGAUGUGUUUCUUGAAGUCCAAGGGGUGAUUUUUCCGUCUGAUGUAGGUGCUGGUAGCUGUGCUGGAAUUUGUUUCUCAUCCCUAGUGCCCUUGGAAUCAUUGGCUGUCUAGUACAUUUCAGAGGUCAGUUACGAAUCAAUCACAUUGCUGUGGGUCUGGAGUCACAUGUAGGCCAGGCUAGAUAAGGAUGUCAGAUUUGCCAUGAUGGGAUUUGAACCCACAUCCCCAGAAUAAUAGCCUGGGGCUCUAGAUUACUGAUCCCCUGAUAUUGCCUGUACCCCAGCACCUUCCCACAGAGUUUUCAAGAUAUUUAGGGGGUAGAUCUGAUAAAUAGAGAAACUAUUUUCACUGACUGGAGAGUUUAUUACCUAGUGAUAUCAUCUAACAAUUAGAGCCAGGCCUUUCAGGGGUUUUAUUUAUUCAGGGAAUGUAGGCAUUGCUCACAAGUCUAGCAUUUAGUGCCAAUCCCUAGUUGCCCCUUGAGAAGGUGAUGGUGAGCUGCCUGCUUGAACUGCUGCAGUUCAGUGAAAUGAGGAAGAAAUUCUGCAGACAAGGGGACAUAGUUCUGAGGAACGGCCUCCAGACCCAAAAUUCUGAUGUUUUCUUCGUAGAUGCUGCCAGACCUGCUGAGCAUUUCCAGCAACUUCUGUUUUUGCUCCUGACAUAGGUUUGGAGUUCUCUUCUGUAAAUGGAAACUGAAUUCUGUGUUUCUAAUGUACAUUUUAGUGGUUAAAUUGUUGCUUAACUCUUAGUGAGAAACUUGUGCUUUCACACCUCAAUCCAUUGAUCUUACUGUAUAAUCUGAACUAACAGUGCUGAGGGAGUGUGCACUUUCGGAAGGGCCACAAUUUGGAUAAGAUGUUAAACAGAAUCUCCUCUGUCAGGUGGACGUGAAGAAAAUCCCAUGGUACUAUUUCAAGAAGACAAAGUGUUUUUCCCAGUGUCCCGAUGGAGAUUUAUCUCACAAUGAAAUGCAAGGCACACCACUCUGUUAUGACCAUAUUGUCAGACCUGGUUGUGUAAAUCGGUAGCUGCAUUUCUUAUGACAGAGCACCUGACAACAAACAGUCCCCUGCUUGAUGUAAAAGUGCCUUGAGAUGUUUGUGGUUAUGAAAAGAUAACAUAUCAAUUACUUAUCUUCAUGGUAUGGAUUAAUGAAAAGGUUUUACAAUAAAGUAAGAGGAAUAAGCCGGCUUUAUGGCACUGUAGUUGGGGAGAUGGUGGGGAAGCUCUUUAAAUACGAGUUACAUGCUGAAAUGAGCUGACUGAUUUUCCUGGAUGGAUGAACAAAGAUUACCUUUUAAA